AUGGGCAAAGCGGGCGGCUUCUUUAAGAGACUGAAAGCCAAACAGAAGCGCAGCGCCUCAAGAAGGCGUCGCGGCACGAAAGGCGCCUCAAAAGAGGAGAGAAGAGUCAAACACAACGAACGUGUUGACUAUUAUGCCGCCAAACGGGAGGCGGAGGCGCUCGCAGCCAUCAGCAGCAGCAGCAGUGAUGACGACAAUGACGCGGUCUUGAGUGACUCAGAGAUGGAGGCGCGCAGACAGGAGCACGCAUUACUGCGACUAAGACGCCUAAUCGGUGUUGCUGGCGGCUCGAAACGCAGUCGCAUGGAUGAUAGCACAAACAAGGCGAAUGGUACCGGCCAUAACAGUCGCAAGCAUCAGGACGACAAGUGCACAGACGCAACGGAGAUGACAGAGCAGCUGAGCGAGGAUGAUGAUUGGAAGGCGUAUCUUUCGGAGGAGGAUGAGGAGGAACAAGAAGAAGAAGAGGAUGAGAAGGAUGGUGACGAGGAAAUGUCGCUGGAUGAAAUGCCUGGUGAUGAUGGCGAUGACGAUGAAUAUGAGCCGGAGGAAGAGGAAGAAGAAGAAGAGGAGGGGGAGGAUGCUGAGAAGGAGGACGAGUACGAGGACGAUGAGAGUGUUAUAGAAUACAGCGAUGAUGAUGAUGAUGUCGAGAAGGAAGGGGGAAAACAACGGCAGCAGCGGAUGGAAGAAGCGGUGCAGCUCCUGCCGCAAUUCCGUCCCGGCACGACGGGCGUGACGGCCCUGCGGCAUGUCGUGACCGCCAACGACCCGUGGUUUGUGAAGUACCACCAGGACAAGCACGGCGGUAUCGACAAGACGCCCAUGCAGUCGCAAGAGGAGCACUGGCGUCAACAGCAGGCGGCAGGUGACGGAAAAAUGGAGGAUGUUAUUCGUGUCGCCAACAUCGCUGUGGCCGCCUCUGCCCAUGCCGUGCGUCAUUUUCUUCACCCGCCGUUUGUUUUUGGCAAAAAACAGCAGCAGAAGCCGCCGUAUAUGCAUGGGACGCUGUGGGCAAAGUGGCUGGAGUACUGCGCCGCGGAGUCUAGGGAUCCGAUGACGGUGGAGGAGCGUGGUUUGCUGGAUCUGCUGCAGGGGUACCCGGAUGUCAUGGACUGCUGUCGUUCGUGGGAAAAUGCGGAUGCACGGCGUGAGAUCUUCAUUCUUCACGCACUCAACCACUGGUUUAAGGCACGGUCUGUGGUGUUAGCGCAUGAUGCCCUUCUGCAAGAGCGUAGGAAGAAUAAAAAAGGGAGGCGGAAGAAGCGGAAGGUUCAGAGCAGCAAGAAACAUCGAGGGGAAAAGGAAAAAGAGGAGGGAGAUGACGAUGCUGAUGUCGAUCAAGACGAAGAGGAAUAUGAAUUUCGUGAUCGUGGGUUUGGCAAAACGAGGGUUCUUAUCAUGCUGCCCAUGCGUAACAUUGCCCAUCGCUACGUGACAACGCUCGUGAAGCUGCUGCGUGCGACGCCUGAUGAAUGUGCAAAGUUGUCCACAUUCAACGAAGACUUCACGGAGCUGGCGGAGACGGUGGAUCCCACCUUCAAACGCCGUCCACGGGAUUAUCGGCGGCAGUUUGCUGGGAACAUUGAUGACUCGUUUUGUGUCGGUGUCCGGUUAGAGCCGAGCCGUGUGCGGGUCUACGCCCAUCCACUGAACAGCGAUCUCAUCAUCUGCUCGCCGCUCGGCCUUCGGCGUCGCCUGGAGCGCAGCGGUGAUGUGUUGGUGUCGCUUGCCUCCAUUGAAGUGUGCAUCGUGGAUGAGGCACAUGUGUUGCUUAUGCAGAACUGGCAGCACAUGACAGAGGUGCUGCGGCUACUCAACAAGCGGCCGAAAGACACAACACACGGACUGUCCGAUCUGCGCCGUGUGUACGCAUGGGCGCUUGCGGGGCACAGUGGCCGCCAUCGCCAGACAAUUAUGUCUACAAACUUGACGAACGCAACCCUCCUUGCGACCUUUCGCUCGUGUGUGAACAACUCCGGUCGUGUGUUGUUACAGCACCGCGAGGAGGCCGGGGUGUUGGCACAAGUGAUGGUGCCUGUGCGGCAGCACUUUCUGCGCUUCGAUCCGGGAACCUCGCUGGAGAAGUGCGACGACGCCCGCUUUGACUUCUUCACACGUGAAGUGUACGCGAAGAAAAUCAGCCCACUUGUGGAGCGGGAUGUACGCACGAUUAUUUUUGUGCCUUCCUACUUUGACUUUGUGCGGCUGCGUAAUUACAUGAUCCGAGAGCACCGUGACUCCUUCGCCGCCAUAUGUGAGUACACGUCACUGCAGCACCAGCGCAAGGCAUUGGGGCAAUUUACGGAUCUCGAGCGGCCGCUGCUGCUUGUGACGGAGCGCUUCUACUUCUUUAAGCGCUACUUUGUGAAACUGGCGGAGGUGAUGGUGUUCUACAGCCCGCCCCUCUUCCCGGCAUUCUACACAUCCCUCGUCGGCCGCCUUGUCGCCACAUCGCCAAACGCAUUUGCGCUGACGCUGUUCUGUCGGUUUGACACGCACGAACUUCACAGGAUCAUUGGCACUCGACGGACGCGGCAGCUGCUCGAGCGGGAGGCAGACGCCUUUUCUUUUGUGACGAAUUAA